AUGAUUGACUCCUCCACAUUGAACUUUGGUGGGCAUUCACGAACAACCAGCGAUGGUAAUCACUGCUAUUCACCAUCAUCCCCUAUAAACCCCACAUAUGCAGAGCCGGCAACCACUACCGAGUAUCGAGAAUGGCCGUUUCAAGGUUUCCUAAAACGUACCAUAAUUGGGAACGAUACCAUAUACACUCUCGAAUUUCAGUUACAACAUGUACCGGAGCAUCUGCACCUGCCUGUUAUUGCGGAAGCAUUAGAUGCUAAUACAUUUGCGCAAACCCAGAGCUCUUGCAGUAUUCUAUAUUCCGAAGUACGUCCAAUAGGACCUAAAGAAAAGCGCGUUCGGUGGGAAGCAGAUGAGCACGAGACGAUAGACACAAGCAGCGAUUCAGGUACAGUAUUCUACAAAACUCAAAAAGUAAUCACAACAUAG